AUGGAAAUUCCAGCAAGUCUUCUAAUGUCUACCGGUACGUACGCCUAUGUGGCUGUGAAGGCCUCCAUCCAUGCUGGCGACAGUGCGGUCUUCGGCCUAAACGAGGAUGAGCUCAAGGCUCUGGUCAAGAAGUUUGAUGGUUACAAGAAGGAUGUGAUCAACGGCGUUUUGCUGAAGGCUACUCCAAUGGCUGUGGUAAAUGCCCUUGGCCAACUUGGCUACAGGGUGGUUGCCACAACUGGCGAAACUGAAGUCACAUGGACUAUGCAAAGGGACAUUUAAUAAUUGUUUCCUCACACUCAUAUGUGUGUAUUACUCAUUUAUCAAUUUAUUGCACCAUUUAUUAUCAUAGAGAUUAUUUUACUGUGUUACCAUAAAACAAAUAGAGAUUAACUGUAUUCUAUUGUUGUUUAUCAGUAGAUUUAGGAAUUCAAUUCAACGGAAUAUACGAACGAGCAAUAAUUUACCCUAGUUUGUUACAAAUUUAGGUAAAGUUGAUUAAUUUUAAUUAAGCAUGCACCAAAUGCUUUUGUACUAUAACCAGACUUAAUUAUGUUUAAUGGUUCACCAAGAGUGAUUAAAUUAUUUUAAAAAUAUCAAAUAUUUUAAUUUUAAGUAAAAAAAGUCCAAUAUUGUAUAACCCAUUUUAAUACUACUUACUGUUAUUAAAAUAUUAACAAAAUAUGUUUUUAAAAAUAAUAUUGUAAUUUUAAAAAGAAAUUUUGAAAUAAAAUUAUAAAGAAUAA